GAUAUAGUGAAUGCGGGGGUCCGGGGAGAGCGGAUACGGUGAAUGCGGGGUCCGGGGAGAGCGGAUACGGUGAAUGCGGGGUCCAGGGAGAGCGGAUACGGUGAAUGCGGGGUCCGGGGAGAGCGGAUAUGGUGAAUGCGGGGCCCAGGGUUUAAGCUCAGACUGGGGGGAGGGAGAAGCAGCACAAGGAGAUAACCAGUUCAGAAGCAUGCUGAUAGGAGAAGAGAGCAGAGUGACGAGA